UAUAUACCUUUUUUUCUUUCUCUUUCCGAGAGUGUUCUAAUUAAGCAGUGAGUAAUAAUGGAGAGGAAAAUGCACAAUCCUACUUCUUCCACAGUGUUGACAAUAUUGCUACUUGGAGUGCUUUCUCAAAACCUUGUCGUCCCUGUAACAUGCACUCCCACCUCCUCACCAACUCCCUUCACUGGAACAAGCUACUAUUGGAGCAGUAACCCAGGAAGGAUAAAGGAGGUGCUAGGGUGGGUGGGAACCAUAGGCAGUGCAUUUGGUGUGGGUAGUAGUAAUAAUAAGAUUCCAAGCAAUGUGAGCUUGGUACAUGCACUUUCCAACACUACAAGUGAUGGGCUAGGAGCACUGUGCAGAGAAGGGACAGCUUCCUUUCUCAACUCCUUGGUCAACAACAAGUUCCCUUAUACAACCCCACAAGUCAGAGACACUUUUGUAGGAUCUCUUGUCUCAGAUAUCGCUGCAGCAGCACAAGCCAACCUCUUCAAGAUGGCUAACGAGGGCCGAAUCAACCCAUGACCAUCACUUUAUCUAUGUUUCCAUGCCUCCCGCUACUAAUAAAUAUGGAUUCUAUGUCUUGUGUAAUAUGGAUAUCGUUUUUCUAAUAAAGUUUAAUUUCACUUAUGCAUCCCUGUCACA